AAGUUAGUCUGAAGGGAAACGAAGGUUUCACGCUUGGACUGCGUUUUGGCAUGGGACCUGUGCGGUUGGAAAUACUGCUUUUCAUCCUGGCAGUGUACAGUGCUUGGGCUGGGACGACGAAAAAGGAGGAAGAUGACACCGAACGUUUGCCCAGCAAAUGCGAAGUGUGUAAGCUGCUGAGCAUGGAGCUACAGGAAGAGCUGAGUCGCACAGGCCGAUCUCGAGAAGUGCUGGAGCUGGGCCAGGUGCUAGACACAGGCAAGAGGAAGAGACAUGUGCCUUACAGCCUUUCUGAGACAAGGUUGGAAGAGGCGUUGGAGAAUUUAUGUGAGCGGAUCCUGGAUUACAGUGUUCACGCUGAGCGCAAGGGCUCACUGAGAUAUGCCAAGGGCCAGAGUCAGACUAUGGCAACCCUGAAAGGCCUAGUACAGAAGGGGGUGAAAGUGGAUCUGGGCAUCCCUUUGGAGCUGUGGGAUGAGCCCAGUGUGGAGGUCACGUUCCUCAAGAAGCAGUGUGAGACAAUGCUGGAGGAGUUUGAAGAUGUUGUGGGAGACUGGUACUUCCACCACCAGGAGCAGUCCCUACAGCACUUUCUCUGUGAAGGUCACGUGCUUCCAGCCUCUGAAACUGCUUGUCUACAGGAAACCUGGACUGGAAAGGAGAAGAUCAGUGAUGGACAUGAGGAGGCAGAAGAGGAGGAUGAGGAGGAGGAAGAGGAGAUAACCAAGACUUCAGGCAAUCCCAAGCAUGACCCAGAGGAUCUUUGAACCCCCAUGAGGGGUCAUGGGGAGUUUUCUAAACUCUCUCCCUUUCCCAUCCCAAGGCUUAUAACUGUCCUAUUUGUAUGACCUCAGGCAUGACCCUGGGGACCCAGAAUGGCAACAUGAGAGGAGGGAAAAGUGGAGAGAAACAGGGGCAAGUUUUGCCUUCAGAGAUGAGCCACAAGCCACUUAGUUGACCAAGUGUGUGUGGCCAGGGUGUUGAACUUUUCUCUAUUUUACUGGUCCUCACCUGCACCGAUUGGUCAGUGAUGGUAUGAGCUGUGGAAAAGUCACUUUGCUUUUAAAAGGGUCUGUUUUAAACCUUUUCAAGAGGUCAGAGGAGGGCUACAGAUGUAGCUCAGUUGAUAGAAUGUCUGUCUAGUACGGUCAAUGAUGUGAAUUGGACCACAUAAAACCUGAUGUGGUGGCAAACACCUAUCAGAAGUUCAAAGCCAUCAUCCAGCUACAUGGCAGUUUAAGACCAACCAGGGCUACACGAGAACCUGUCUCAAAAUAAGAUGCCAAAAAGGGGGUGCUCACCAACUUAUAUACACAGCCUGCAAACAUGAGUCUGCAGGCUGUCAAAUGUAACAACAGAACACCAGAAGCAAUGCUGAUGGGUUAGGUGGGGUAGACAUGUGGCCUGUUUCAUACUUCACAGGUGCCAUAUUUUCUAUAUCGCUAUUAAACCUUUUCUAU